UUCAUAAGAUCCGUCCCUGUGGGAACUUACACAUUUGCCGCUGGCUGGAGCUCUUUGAGCUUUAUCUUUCUUGACGGGAGUAUUUUUUCUUUUUCUUUUUGGAGGUAAGCUGAAUCACAGGGUUGUACGACUGGGGCAUCUCUAACAUAUACCUCGUCACCCAGCUGAUGACAGUUAAUCUUGGACCUUGGAUGCAAAGAAGGGCAGAGGAAAUCUGGAAUCCACAAUAAUGAAGCUGAAACCGAACCAGACCAGAACGUACGACGGAGAGGGAUUUAAGAAAAGAGCGGCGUGUCUGUGCUUCAAGAAUGAACGGGAGGAGGAGGUUCUGCUGGUCAGCAGCAGUCGGCACCCGGAUCAGUGGAUCGUUCCUGGAGGAGGGAUGGAGCCCGAGGAGGAGCCGUGGGGCGCUGCGGUGCGAGAAGUCUUCGAGGAGGCCGGCGUGAAGGGCAAACUGGGACGGCUCCUCGGCGUGUUCGAGCAAAACCAGGACCGGAAGCACCGGACGUACGUUUAUGUUUUGACUGUGACGGAGACGCUGGAGGCCUGGGAGGACUCGGUUAACAUCGGCCGGAAGCGGGAGUGGUUCACCGUGGACGACGCCAUCAAAGUGCUGCAGAGCCACAAGCCCGUGCACGCCGAGUACCUGCGGAGGCUCCAGCUCAGCUGCUCCCCCACCAACGGGAACUCCAUCCUCCCGAGCCUGCCCCCGAACGACAACUACCCUCACUACAGCACCGCCGCCGGCGCCCCCUCCACGGGCAGCGUGCUGGGCUCCUCCUGCAGAUAGGACCUCAGCGCGCCGCCGCCUCGCCUGUCCCGGCUCGGACAGUUUACAGAAAGUCUGUACAGUUUCUUGCAUGAAAUCUACAAGACUUCUCAGAGCCUCGGCUCGCCUGUAUUUAUUAUUUCUUCCCCUCGCUUCACGUCUGACCAAAGCUGCUGCCGGGACUGUGAUGGAAGACUGAAACGCCUCUUCUGCUGGCAAGAUUCGGACUGCAGCGUUGGGGAGGGGAGAGAAAAAAAAACAAAACAAGGAUGCUGGACACUGCUGGUGUGAAUGAACUUUAAUUAUGGGAUGCCUUAUUGAAACUUUGUACGAAUGUUUUAAUUCACUAACCGUCGCGGUUACCUUUUUAGCGGCGACGUGCGGGCUGUGGGGAAAAAAAAAAAAAAAAAAAAGGAGUAGCUGGCUGCAGCAGCACAUCGGUGUGCAGAAUGUUUCCAUGGUAAUGUCAUCAACACACGAUGGUAACGGUACAUAUAUUACACAUGAAUAUUUAUUAAAAAGAAAACACCUUCAAGUUCAAAAAUCCCUUUGUUCCACUUUGUGUAAACUUUUUCUUUCUUUUUUUUUUUACAGUUGUAUAAUAUAAAGAUAAAUUGGUUAUUAAAUCUGCUUUUCAAAAGUAAAUGUACUUUUGGGGGGGAAAAAAGCUUAAGUUUUCAAUACGUUCUACCUCAGUAAACUUAAACUGGAUACGACCAUCCUGUUCGCUAACCUCUUCUGACGCAAUGCUACUAAUUAAAAUUCAGCCUGCGGCGUUAUCUAACUAGUGUGUGCACAGCAUCUUCUGUCUGAAGUGUUACGUCCAGCAGACUGCGGCUCUGGUUUUAUUCCAGAGUCAACCGAUAUUUCUAGAUAUUAAAGUAGAGAUGCACUGAUCAGUUAGUUCUAUUUUUUAAUUUCUUCAGUGAUGCUGAUCUGUAGUGAAAUACCAACAUAUAAGACUUUUUAAAAAUUUUUGUCAAAACUAAAACCAGCCCCUAUAUUUGUUCAGUAAUCACACCACCAGGAUCUCAUUUGAUUAUUUUUCUAUGUCUGGAUAAAUAUUAGUUGUCUAUUUAAAUAAACAUUUUUGUAUUUACAUCAAAUACUGAGAUUCUGCUCAAGUUACAAAAGCUGUCAUUUCACAACUUUGUUUUGCCUUUUUUUUUUUUACUUCUGCUUGCAUCUUGAUUUAAAUAGAGAAAUCAAAGCAUUUUUUUUUUUUCUUUUACUAACAAAAUCAGAAAUGACAUCGUCUAUUAAGGAAUCUCUUUUUAAUUGUUGAAUCGUUGAGUUUGUGUAGAUUGAAAAACGAGAACUAAAUUAGAUCCAGACGCCAGAAAAGCUGUGAAAUGUCCCUUUACCGCCCCGAGAGGAGAAUCAGAAGCCACUGGGUGUGAGGAAUGUGUUUGUUUUUAUUCCUAAUUUGUUUUACUCCUUUUAAAAAAAAAAUCUAAAUCUGCAUCUGCUGUGGCCAGAAAUUGUCUGAUUGGUGAAUCUCUACAUAAAACAGGAGGAUUAAUCUGAAAUACCUUUAACGUGUUUUAUCUGCGAACAUCUUUCUUUUUCCUCAUACUUCAAAGCAGUCUGAUGAAGUGAUCCAGUAAAAAAGAUGUUUGAUUACUGAUUUGUUUUUUCAAAAUAUCAUUAGUUUCUAAAAAUAAAAAAAUAGAUUCUACAUAUAAUAAUUAAAGAAAUGCUAACCCUCAUAUGAUACCCUGAACUUAAUUUCCUAUGAUAUUGUUUGUCACCAUUGUAUUUUUUUUUGUAUAUUUCUGGUGUCAUUUCUUGUUUAAAGGAUUUUUUGGGGGGGUAAAUAGAAAUUUACUGUCUUCAUGUACAAUAAUCAUGUGUUAUUCUGGUAAAAGGUUUGGAAAUGGAGGGGAGGAGAAAUUGUCCUUGGACGGUUCCUGCAGUCGAAAUGCACCUGUAGUUUGUGAAAAUUUUUUCACAAUGUCCAGAUUUAUUAUGAAUUUCCUGCAGCAUGUAAAUUGUAAACAGAUUGAAAAUCAAGAGAAAAUAUAACCUGUGUAAAAAUUGCUUCGACAGCUGAAUGAA